UACCUGUCUAUCCUCACUUCCAAACACCACCUCUCUCUCUCUCUCCUUCUCCCCCUCCCUCUAAUUUCUCCGUCUCUCUAUCAUACCAUACCAUGGUUCUUUCCAAGACUGUAUCCCAGAGCGAUGUCUCCGUCCACUCAACCUUUGCUUCUCGAUACGUUCGAGUUUCACUUCCCAGGUUCAAAAUGCCUGAUGAGUCGAUCCCGAAGGAAGCGGCGUACCAGAUCAUAAACGAUGAGCUAAUGCUUGAUGGUAAUCCCAGACUGAACCUGGCUUCCUUCGUCACCACAUGGAUGGAGCCAGAGUGUGAUAAACUCAUCAUGGCUGCCAUUAACAAGAACUACGUUGAUAUGGAUGAGUACCCUGUCACCACCGAGUUACAGAAUAGAUGUGUUAACAUGAUAGCCCAUCUUUUCAACGCACCACUCGGAGAUGGAGAGGCUGCAGUUGGGGUUGGAACAGUGGGCUCAUCCGAGGCCAUAAUGCUGGCUGGGUUAGCCUUCAAGAGGAAGUGGCAAAACAAGAUGAGAGCCCUGGGUAAGCCCUGUGACAACCCCAACAUCGUCACCGGUGCCAACGUCCAGGUAUGCUGGGAGAAAUUUGCAAGGUACUUUGAGGUAGAGCUGAAGGAGGUGAAAUUGAAGGAGGGCUACUAUGUGAUGGACCCCGAGAAAGCAGUGGAGAUGGUGGAUGAGAACACAAUCUGUGUGGCUGCAAUCUUGGGUUCCACCCUUAAUGGAGAAUUUGAAGAUGUUAAACGCUUAAAUGACCUCUUAAUAGAGAAGAACAGCCAGACUGGAUGGGAUACUCCAAUUCAUGUGGAUGCUGCAAGUGGUGGCUUCAUAGCACCAUUUCUGUACCCAGAGCUUGAGUGGGAUUUUAGGCUGCCAUUAGUGAAGAGUAUCAAUGUUAGUGGGCACAAGUAUGGACUAGUGUAUGCAGGGGUUGGGUGGGUCAUUUGGAGGACCAAAGUGGACUUGCCUGAAGAGCUCAUCUUUCACAUCAACUACCUUGGAGCUGAUCAGCCCACUUUCACUCUUAACUUCUCCAAAGGUUCUAGUCAAAUAAUUGCUCAAUACUAUCAACUCAUUCGCUUGGGCUAUGAGGGAUACAAGAACAUCAUGGAGAAUUGUCAAGAAAAUGCAAUGGUACUAAAAGAAGGAUUGGAGAAGACGGAACGCUUCAACAUUAUCUCAAAAGACUGUGGAGUGCCACUGGUAGCCUUCUCCCUGAAAGACAACAGUCGUCACAACGAGUUCGAAGUGUCUGAAACGCUGAGGCGGUUCGGAUGGAUUGUGCCAGCCUACACCAUGCCACCAGACGCACAACAUGUAACCGUGCUCCGUGUAGUGAUCAGAGAAGAUUUUUCGCGCACACUGGCGGAGCGCCUUGUCGCUGACAUUGAGAAAGUGAUGCACGAGCUGGACUUGCUUCCGGCCAGGAUCAGUGCCAAGUUGUCAAUUACUGAGAACAAGGCGGAAGAUGGCGUUGUGAAGAAAAGUGCAAUUGAGGUGCAGAGGGAGAUCACCGCAGCUUGGAGAAAGUUUGUGAUGGACAGGAAGAAGACCAAUGGUGUGUGCUAGAGCUUGGGGUUGGAAUUUGCCUUCCUUUGAGGAUUUGUAGUAAUUCUGGAGAUAUUAAUAAUGUGACUUGGAGGGAUUUUAUUGUAAGGUAAGUCUAGUACUUUUUGUUUGGUUUGAAUUUUUUAGGGAUCUAUGUGUACUAAGUAAAAGUGUAUGUGCUAUGCUUGUUUUAAAAUUGUUUCAAUCCAUAAUUCCUCCAUAUAUGAAUUAUUGGAUUAAAUUGGGAUUAAAA